GGGUGUGCGCUCAUCGCGUCGAUAGCCGGCUAUAAUAUGAGUGACGUGCAGUGAAUGGCGUAGCGUGGUGAUGACAUAUCUGUGAAGGAAGAAAUGGCCGCGCGCCCUACAGCGCCCGGCGAUUGUGGACCAUGUUCGGGGUCGUAGCAGGCGCGCCUGGAGACGGUGGGCGCACCAGCGGCGGCGGAGCGGGGGCCGCGGGCUCGGCGAGUUGACGACAUGCUAAUCGCGUUCAACAACACAGCCAACCUCACAGACCUGGCGCUCGGCCCAGACCUCCCCACCAGCCCCUACAGCCUCGCCCAGAAGAUUGUCAUCGCCAUCAUCGCCAGCGUCCUCUCAGUGCUCACAGUCGUCGGCAACUCCUUGGUCAUGAUCAGCUUCAAGAUAGACAAGCAGCUGCAGACGAUCAGCAACUACUUCCUUUUCUCGCUGGCGGUCGCCGACUUCGCUGUCGGUCUCAUAUCGAUGCCCCUAUUCACGAUGUUCACAAUUUAUGGCUACUGGCCACUCGGGCCACACGUUUGCGAUACCUGGCUCGCGCUGGACUAUCUCGCCUCCAACGCGUCAGUGCUCAACCUCCUUAUCAUAAGUUUCGAUAGGUAUUUCAGUGUUACGAGACCUUUAACGUAUAGGGCUAAAAGGACUACACGGCGCGCCACUGUGAUGAUAGGAGGGGCGUGGGGAUUCAGCUUAUUACUCUGGCCUCCAUGGAUUUAUGCCUGGCCGUAUAUAGAUGGCGAGAGGAAAGUGCCUCCGAAUGAGUGUUACAUCCAGUUUAUAGAGACUAAUCAGUUUAUUACGUUCGGGACGGCCAUUGCGGCGUUUUAUGUGCCAGUGACAGUUAUGUGUAUAUUAUAUUACAAGAUUUGGAGGGAGACGAAAAAGCGACAGAAGGAUUUGCCAAAUCUUCAAGGCGGGAAGAAACACGACUCAUCGAAAAGAUCGAAUUCUAGUGACGAGACACGAGAAAUUGACGCACGCGCCCGCUCGGAGUCUGGUGAUGCGGACUCUGUUUAUCACGUCAGAGGGGCUUUGGAUCCUCGGUGGCGAGAUUUUCAGAGCGGAAAGUGUCAAAGUCGUCUACGCGGUUGGGCAGCUGUCAGAAGCUGGUGCGUGGCGUGGUGGCACUCAGGAAGAGAAGAUGUUGAAGACACAGAGCCUGAAGAGGAGCCCUCUGAUCUUGGCUACGCUACUCCUGUCUCAGUGGAAACGCCAUUACAGAGUACGGUUUCUAGAUGUACAUCGUUAAAUGUAAUCAGAGAUCCCUUCGCGGGGCGAGGAGGUUCCGGGGGUUCUAACGCAGACGGAGGUACUUCCCCUCUUCGACGAACUUUUGAGCCCCCGGCUAUUCCCAGCGCACGGGAUAGUCGCUCCUUGCCACCAAAUACUAGAAUCAAUACAGCUACCUCACCAGCGCUAAAAUCUGCAUCUGCUGACUCAGUCUACACUAUUGUUAUAAGACUACCAGAUGCAGAUACAGAAAGACCCAGCAUCAAAAUGAUUACGGAAGAAUCUCCACCAUCCAACGCGCGAGUAUAUCGUCCUCCCGCAAGAGGUGAUUCCGAACUAAAUCUACACCCGGCUGGCCAUGCCGGUCUUUCAAGAAGAACGUCUCAUAUACAAGACGUUAGAAUACCUUUAAAUGCUAAAAUUAUACCAAAACAAUUAGCCGGUAAAGGCAUUACAACGAAACAACCGAAAAAGAAAAAGACACAAGAGAAAAAACAAGAAACGAAGGCUGCGAAGACAUUAUCAGCUAUUCUUCUAUCGUUUAUUAUAACGUGGACUCCUUAUAAUAUUCUUGUGCUAUUAAAACCUUUAACGGCGUGUGCUAAGUGUAUCCCGGAUGAACUUUGGUCGUUCUUCUAUGCUUUGUGUUACAUUAAUUCAACUAUAAAUCCCGUGUGUUAUGCUCUGUGCAAUGCAACGUUUAGAAGAACAUAUGUUAGAAUUUUAACAUGUAAAUGGCAUAAUCGAAAUAGAGAAGCAAUGACUAGAGGAGUGUAUAACUGAGGAAUUUGACAGUGUUUAUUAUUUUUUUUUUAAGUAUCAAGAUUCAAAUUGCCCAAUCUUGAUACUUGAUAAUUUAAUAUUUUGUAAAGUUGCUCUAAAUCUUUAAAGUCAAGUUAAGGUUCGUACAUUUUGAAUCAAUGAAUGCAUUUAUUUCAGUACCUGUAUUUUUAUUUUGUUAGUGAGUUUAAUGUCCCGUCCAAGAGAAAUUUGUUCAACGUUUUAAUAUUAAUUUAUGAACUAUUAUUAUAUAUUCUUCUGUUAUAAGAAGAUGGAUUUUGAGGGAGUCAUACAAUUUUAGGUAGGCAACAUUUAAAGAUCAUUGUAAUAAGUAUUUUAAAUCUAGUCUUCUUUUUCUAGUCGAAUAUUAUGGUGUCUCGGUACUGUGUGAGCUUUUAGAGUAAAUGUUGACGAAUUUAGAAGCAAGUACUUUUUGUAAGUUUUACUACAUUCUUUUAAGUAACGAGAAAGCCAAAUAACCGUAUUUAUUUUAUAUAGAUAGCUCAAAGUUACACAAAUUUCAUUUUGUAACUUGUAUCAACCAAUGUGCCAACAUGUAUCUACGUUGUACAAAUGCCAAAAGUUAAAAUUAAGAGAGAAGAGAGUAUUGUUUGAUGUUUUAUUUAAUAAAUAUAGGUAUGUAUAUUGUAAGCAAUAAAAUAAUUACUUUAUAUUUGAAGGAUUCUGUCUAUAAUUCUAUAUCAAUUUGUGACUUUUUCAGUCUAAUACAACGAUAAAAAAUAUUUAUGCGCAUUCCAAUAUGGUUCCAUGUAAACGAACUGAUAACGAAUCUCAAAUCAAUGGCGUAGCGUAUAUUGUAAUUUGAUUCAAUGAGUUUUAUACAUUUUACUAGACAUGCUAAAGAGGAAGGAAGACCUUAAAAACAAUUGGGAAUUACCGGAAAAUUUAAGUGAUUUUUAGAUGAUUACGUCUAGUAUAUUAUAUAAAACUCAUUGUUUUAUACGAUUGUGUAUAUAAAUGUGAAAUUUGUUUAUAAUAGAAAUUUUCAAAUCAGUUUUCAAAAUAUUAAAAAAGUAAAAUGAGACAUUAAGGACCCAAAUUCAAAUCUAGAUGGCUUUAUAACUUCACUAUUGGCAAGAAGUGCAGUUGGGGUCUUAAGAGAUGUAACCAGCGUAUGAGGAUGCUGUGAAUAUCCAUGGGCUGCGAUACCCAAAUCUAAGUAUUCCGCAGACCAAGCUAAAAGUAAAAUGUUUAAGCAUAUUUAACAAUAUCAUAUUUUUUGCAUAAUAUAAUGCAUUUUAAUAUAAUAACGUAAUUUAUGUAUGCAAUCGUAUUGAGUAGAAUCAGUUAUAAAAAUGAAUUCUAAACAUUGACAAUUAAGAGAUAAAUUGUACAUAUAAGUCUAAAAUAUAUUCAGAUUAAAUGUAUUAUACAAAUAAUAAAUAGAUUAUACAAACAGGUUUAUAACUGAUAUUAAUGAUGUUAACCUAAUGUCACAAUGUUCCUUUGUCGUUAGAUUUUAAUAAUUCGUUAUACAUAAUAUAUUCUGACACGAUGUUAUUUAUAUAAUUUUCUAUUUUAUGUGUAGGUUUAGAUUUCAAAGCAUUAAUCCUGUAGAUUAUACUGUAAAAGAAGGUUAUUACAAAAAUGCGAACACAUUCAACGAUCCAAUUGCAGACUGCAGCAUAUUUGUACAAGUUGUAUUUUUCCCGGGGUUUCUACAAGAACUUAAAUAUACGAACCGAAACUGAAUUCAAUUUUAGAGAAACUCUAGACACGAACAUACGUAGUUCUAGCUUUUGAUAGAAUCUAUCAUCAGCGUUAAAUGAUCCACACUGACUUGUCAUCUGUUAAUUAGAUUUUUUAAGUAUUUCGUAUGGUAUUGAUAAAAUCAAAAAUGUUUAUAUUUAUGAAACAAAAGCAUGUGCUUUGUUCGUUUUACUUUUGUAAUAACUCUCUUUAAAUAAUUCUAAUUCCUAAAUAAUUCACAAUGCGCACAGUACUUAAUAUUUUUGUGGACGUACUUAUGUGUAACUUAGAUUGGCAUACUAGAUGUCAAGUAGUAUUUUAACAAUUAAUAAAUCUCAUCUACGUGUUAUUGUGAUUGUUCAUUUGGCAUCAAAAUUAUAAGGAAUAUAGGAAAGUUGCACAUUAUGUAGUACGCGUACAAUGGAUGCAUUUUUCUACUUACCUUAACACAAAUUUUCAUGUUCAGUUCAGGGGGUUUUUACAUUUUAGUUUAGCUUGCGUCGCCUGUGUACCGCAUUCGACUUUGAAUAGAUUUUACAUAGUUUUGUCACAUUUGUAAAUUCUAGAAAUAUACCUAUUUAUUAUGAGGUAUGUUUGGCCUUAUAAUAUUGUGAAUAUUGCACUAGUUAAUGAAUUUGUAUUGUGUAAUUAUCUGUCUUCAAAACUUAUUGAUAUAGAUAUUAGUAGUACUUAAAAUAUAUAAUUAAAAACAAGGGAUAAAACGAACUGAAAUUUUUAAUCCUCUUAUAAAUAAAUGUUGUGUAAUUUUAGUGUCUUAAAAAGUAUGUAAGAUCCUCAAACAUUUCAAAAGGCCGCGGAAUAUUAGAACUGCUUAACCACUUUGUUUUGACGCUAAUGCUUUAAGCUAUUAAUUUCUUAACUGGAAAUUUUGAGAAAAUUGUGAACCUCAUAAAUAUCAUUAUUAAAAAACCAAAUUAUUAAAAUCGAAUGUCAUAAAUAUUAGUCUUUUGAAUACAAAAGGGCAUGCGUAUUUUAAUAAUAUGUUAAAUAUUAAAGUGAUAUCGUGAUAACUAAUUCCAAAGCAUUUUAAUUCGAAUAUUGUUGCGAAAGAAUCUAUAAAGCAGACCGUUAUUUGUGUAUUUUGAGAUCACUGAUGGAAGAAAAACCUUUUAUAGUUAUUACGAUAUUGUUAAAUAAGUACAGGUAAAUUAAAAGAAUAAGAUAAUUUAAUACAAAUUGUAUCAAGUCUUACCUAUAAAAUAUAAAUGUAUUAAAAUAGUUUUAUUAUUAUUGAUGUACAAGUUUAGACUCAAGUGUAUUUAUCAAUAAAUAAAUGUGGUUUUUGUAAGUUAUUUUAAAGAU